AUGCGGGGUAUACAGAAGGCCAAGCACGCCACGGCAGUGUAUGAAAAGUUGAAAGCACUGAACAGACAAUUUGUAGAGAGCUAUACCACCCAAGGAGUCAUCCAUAACAAGUGGGUAUCCACGACCAAGAUCGACAUUGAUGAAAAGCUUAAGCAUACAGUGCUUCUUCGUCUUCACCAGGAGUAA